AUGCUCGGUGGGGCGGCAUCCCACGUUACGUUGAAGUACGCAGCCAACCCCGAACUGCAGGAGGAGCUUGAUGCAGCGGUGGCAACCGUUAAUAUGGAUCUCUUGUGGAAAUCCGUAGGCAACAUUGAAGCUGCACCGGAUGUCAGCCACAAACUGAUCCACGUCGAGGUGGAUGAGAACUGCAGCAGGAAACGCCUAGUCUUCGGCUCCGGGAUAAUCGGCCAGCGUGUGAUGCAGGAGUUGCAUCGGCAGGGUACUGCUGAGUUGGCCAAAUUCGUUAAGUGGUCCGCUGGCAGACCAGAUUUGGCCUCACUUAGAGGCAUAAUGUUCCAGGGGCUAGCACAUGACUUGCUGUGCCGAGGCGGCUCGUUUCGUAUGUGCAGCCUUUCUAACCCCGGAGAGCAGGAGGUCAGCCUGGAGGUGCCGGAAAUGGAGUUGAUGGAGGUGCAGGACAGCGACCUCAAAAAAAUCAGCCCCACAACAAAAGGGUCUGGGCUCCUGGUGCCGGUGACGAGGAACUUCGCCGGCGUGGACAGCUUUUUGAUUUUGCCUGACAGCAACGGCAAGGCAGCGCGACUGCUCCUUAUCCAGGUGACUGUCUCUGCCAAUCACCACAUUAGCGCGUCAGGGCUGCAAACCUCCAUGCGGAAACUGUCCAGGGACCUGAAGGGGCUCAAGCGCGAAAUGUACUUUGCAGUGCCGCCCGACCUGUUCAAGCAGUUCAGGAAGCAACAGUUUGAGGGGGCAGCUAAGGACUCCAUCGAGAUCGAUCAGUUUGCCAUCGAGAUCCCCCUGCAGCCCUGGAAGCUCCAGCAGCAGCAGCAGCAACUUUCCGACUGCUGGCAGAGGUGGCCAUGUUGCGCCGUCUGCUUUGAGCAGGUCCCCAACGGGCAUCUCAAUUCCGAGGCGCAGCCAUCUGCCACGGUUGAAUCCACGCAUGGUCAUCCUUCCGAAGCCGCAUAUCUCGAGCAUCUCCUCUGCUGCCCCCAGUUGGCGGUGAUGGUGUCGCCACUGCAGCUGUGGCAGCUGCAUCCGCUGGUGAUGGCUGGUAUGGUGGCCGCUGUGGAUGUGGGCACAAGGUUGUGAACGUCAGAGGCUUAGAAAUCUAGUCGGUGGCUUUGCUUGUC